AUGGGCGAUGAAGAUUGGGAAGCGGAAAUCAUCACCCCUCACCUGUCCUCCUACGUGCCGGUGUUCGAGAAGGAUAGGUAUUCUUCUGGAGCCAAUGGAGACACUUUCAGCAGGACUCCAGUUCCAUCGUCAGAAAUUGAUGAUGGACCUUCUCGAAGAGAUCAUUUCAUGAGAAGUGGUUUUGCCUCUGGGAGGAGCUUGGGAAACAGAGAUGCCGGCGAGUCUAAUAAAAGGGAGAGCGUGCCCACGAUGGGUGGCUUUGGAGUUGGAAAGGGUUUUGGAAACAGAGGUUUUCCCACUGACAAGCUUGAAGAAGGUGAUAGCUCUGGCUUCUGGAGAGAGUCUAAUAACUUCGGGGAAGACACUCCGGCGCGGAGCAGGGGCUUCUCCAGGAGAGGAGACAGCGAGUGUGAGCAAGACGAGGGGAUGCCACGCACUGGCGGCCUCUUUGGAUCCAGGAGACCAGCGUUUAGUGGCCCGGGCAAUGGCGACAUCUUCCAAAGCAGGAGCGGGAGCGGGCGAGGUGGUUACAAGGGGCUAAACGAAGAAGUCGCCACGGGCUCUGGGAAGAAUUCUUGGAAGUCAGGAACUGAAGGAGCAGAAAGUGAUGACAUUCAAGGACCCAAAGUGACCUAUGUCCCACCUGCCCCGCCCGAGGAUGAGGACGCCAUCUUCGCACACUACCAGACAGGCAUCAACUUUGACAAGUACGACAGCAUUCUCGUGGACGUGUCUGGACACGAUGUUCCACCAGCGAUCUUGACGUUUGAAGAAGCUAAUCUCUGCCAGACGCUGAAUAACAACAUUGCUAAGGCUGGUUAUACGAAGCUCACUCCUGUGCAGAAGUACAGCAUCCCUAUUAUCCUCGCAGGGCGAGACCUGAUGGCGUGUGCGCAGACGGGAUCGGGGAAAACUGCAGCGUUUCUCUUGCCGAUCUUGGCGCAAAUGAUGCGUGACGGCAUCACCGCCAGCCGUUUCCGAGAGCUGCAGGAGCCCGAGUGCAUCAUCGUGGCCCCCACUCGGGAGCUCAUCAACCAGAUCUACCUGGAGGCCAGGAAGUUCUCCUUCGGAACUUGUGUAAGAGCUGUUGUCAUAUAUGGGGGAACCCAGUUUGGGCAUUCAGUUCGACAGAUAACCCAAGGCUGUAAUGUGCUAUGUGCUACUCCCGGGAGACUGAUGGAUGUCAUCAGUAAAGAAAAGAUUGGUCUUAGACAAGUCAGACACCUAGUUCUGGAUGAAGCUGACCGAAUGCUGGAUAUGGGUUUCGGACCAGAAAUGAAGAAAUUAAUUUCCUGCCCAGGAAUGCCUUCAAAGGAACAGCGCCAGACCCUUAUGUUCAGUGCAACUUUCCCAGAAGAAAUUCAAAGGAUGGCUGGGGAGUUUCUGAAGCUGAACUACUUGUUUGUUGCUGUCGGACAAGUGGGUGGAGCAUGCACAGACGUCCAGCAGACGGUGCUCCAGGUGGGCCAGUACUCCAAGCGAGAGAAGCUGGUGGAGACGCUGCGGAACACAGGUGAUGAAAGAACGAUGGUCUUUGUUGAAACUAAGAAAAAAGCAGAUUUUAUUGCCACUUUCCUUUGUCAAGAAAAAAUAUCAACAACAAGCAUUCAUGGGGACCGGGAGCAGAGGGAGCGAGAGCAGGCCCUGGGAGACUUCCGCUGCGGGAAGUGCCCGGUGCUGGUGGCCACUUCCGUUGCCGCCAGGGGCCUGGACAUCGAAAACGUCCAGCAUGUGAUCAAUUUUGACCUGCCCUCCACCAUCGCCGAGUACGUUCACCGCAUCGGGCGCACCGGCCGCUGCGGGAACACGGGCAGAGCCGUCUCCUUCUUCGAUCCCGAGUCAGACAGGCCCUUGGCACAGCCGCUCGUGAAGGUGCUGUCGGAUGCCCAGCAGGACGUCCCCCCGUGGCUGGAGGAGAUCGCCUUCAGCACCUACAUGCCCGGCUUCAGCGGGAGCAGCAGAGAGAACGUGUUCACGUCGGUGGACACCAGGAAGAAUUUCCGUGGCAAGAGCACUCUCGGCACAGCAGGCUUUUCCUCUCCGCAAGUCCCGAGCCCAGCAGAUGACGAGUCGUGGGAUUAA